UCGCGCACUGCUGCCCUGACACUCAUGCAGUCACAUCAUAUAAUGACUGCAGGAAAUAUAACUCGCGCUCCGAUGCAUAACUGAUCAGACUGAUCGAUCAACACAAGAUCAAUGGAUCUGGAUCUGCGCGCGGAUGAAGCCGGUCUGAAACUCUGAACAUCAUGACAUACAGUAGUUAUAUAUAAGUUAUUAUUGAGCUCUGAUCCAGAUCUUGAAGAUCUUCGGUGACAUGAGGCUGAAUCAUGGCCAGAAACACUUCUCUUUACUUUCGCAUCGUCGAGGGACGAAACCUGCCUGCAAAAGACGUUUCUGGGACCAGUGAUCCGUACUGCAUCGUCAAAGUUGACAAUGAAGUCGUGGCCAGAACCGCCACCGUCUGGAAGAACCUAAACCCGUUCUGGGGCGAGGAAUACACCCUUCACCUGCCGAUGGGCUUCCAUACGCUCACGUUUUACGUCAUGGAUGAAGACAACAUCGGUCAUGAUGAUGUGAUUGGUAAAAUCUCCCUGAGUAAAGACGUGAUCGCCGCUCAACACAAAGGUUUCGAUAACUGGUUGAAUCUGACGCGAGUGGAUCCGGAUCAAGAGGUUCAGGGUGAGAUUCGUUUGGCUCUGGAGCUGCACAGAGACGCUCAGAGAAGCAGCCUGCACUGUCACGUCAUCGAGGCCCGUGAUUUGGCUCCACGUGAUAUUUCCGGUACCUCUGAUCCGUUCACCAGAAUCAUCUACAACAACCUCAGCGCUGAGACAUCGAUCAUAAAGAAGACGCGCUUCCCGCAUUGGGACGAGACGCUGGAGUUGAGUUUGGAUGAAGGUGAUGAUGAUGAUGAUGAUGAGGGUGGAAGCGUGACGGUGGAGGUCUGGGACUGGGACAUGGUGGGCAAGAACGACUUCCUGGGAAAGGUGGAGAUCCCUCUGUCAUGUCUGCACAGAUCUCCUCCGCUGCAGGGCUGGUUUCGUUUGCUGCCGCUGGGAAACACGGAGGACGACGCCAGCGGUGAGCUGGGUGCUCUGCGUCUGAAGGUGCGUUUGGCCGAGGACAGGAUUCUUCCGUCUGUGUGCUAUCAGCCUCUGAUCAAGCUGCUGGUGGAGGCCGUCAUCUCGCCGUCAAAGGUGGACGAGCCCUCGCCGCUGACUCUGCUGGAGGAGGUGACGACGGCGGAGAGCAGGCAAGACGUGGCCAUGACGCUGGUCAAGAUCUAUCUGGGUCAGGGUCUGGUCGUGCCAUUCCUGGACUACCUCAACACCAGAGAGGUCCACAGCACCACAGAUCCAAACACACUCUUCCGGUCCAACUCGCUGGCCUCCAAAGCUAUGGAGCAGUUCAUGAAGGCCGUCGGGAUGCUGUAUCUACACGAGGUUCUGAAGCCCAUCAUCAACCGCAUCUUUGAGGAAAGGAAAUACGUCGAGUUGGAUCCAUGCAAGAUAGACCUCAGCUGCUCCAGGCGUAUCUCGUUUAAAGGCUUGGCGUCGGAGGCUGAGGUCAGGGAGAGCAGCGUGGGGCUCCUGCAGACGUAUCUGAGCAGCAUCAUGGAGGCCAUCGUCAGCUCUGUCUCCCAGUGUCCUCCUGUGAUGAGAGUCGUCUUCAAACAGCUCCGUAAACGCGUGGAGGAACAGUUUCCAGAACCUGAGAACGAGGAUGUGAAGUAUUUGGCCAUCAGCGGCUUCUUCUUCCUGCGUCUGUUUGCUCCUGCGGUUCUGACGCCCAAACUCUUCCAUCUGAGAGAACAUCACGCAGACACCAGGACCAGCAGAACGCUGCUGCUGCUCGCUAAGGCUCUGCAGAGUGUGGGGAAUCUGGGCCUUCAGCUGGGUCAUGGGAAGGAGCAGUGGAUGACCCCUCUGCAUCCCAGCAUCCUUUGCAGCGUGGUGUCCGUCAAAGAUUUCCUGGACAAACUCAUAGACAUCGAUCACGACAACGUGUGUGAAGCUCCCCAGCGUGCCGUGUUUUUGCCGUCAGUCAUCGUGAAGGAAGGGUUUCUGCAGAAAUACAAAGCUAAAGGACCUCAGCUGCUCACACGCUUUGCUUUUAAGAAACUAUAUUUCUGGCUGAGUUCAGAGUCGCUGUCGUAUGCCAAGAGCCCCAGCUGGCAGGUACGCUCCUAUAUUUCCAUAGCGAGUGUGUGUGCGGUGGAGCGUGUGGAUGAACAUGCCUUUCAGCUCCAGAACGUCAUGCAGGUCAUUACACAGGACACAGAUGGAGAACUACACACCACAUACCUGCAGUGCAAGGUGACACGAAACACACACAGUAUACAGUAUCCGAUCACACACACAUACAGUAUCACAUCGCCUGAUACUCUCAGACAGACGCUCCAAGCAUCACAGUAACCACUAACAACUAUACUGACUCGAGGAAGAUCCUCCUUAUGAACAGUCAACAUUUACUGCUCUACUGAGUUCAGCGUUUACACAGUGACAAUGCAUCAUCCAAUCCAAUCCAAUGCACUGAAUAAUUUACCUGCUAUUGCAUGAAAUCAUGAAAUAUUCUGUUUAUUGUAUGCAUUUUGUAGUAAUAACUGGAAUAUAAUAUUAAACGUAAAAUGAUUUUACAUCAGUAAAAUAUGUGUUGAGAUUUAGUAAUGGUGGA